AUGUUCCUUCCAUCUGGUUCAUUCCUCUCUGAGGCUGUGCGUGGACAGGCGACGCUGGCGAAUUCUGUUUUUGCUGACUCGCUUCACGAUGACGACGACAUUGCUAAGGCCACGCCGCCCUGGUUGUCUCCUCCUGCAAAUACGAGGCGCCGAGCGCCAGGGUCGCCACGGAGAAGGUUUUCGCCUCAUUUCCAGACAGAGGCGAUUCACAUUGCCCCUCAGUCGGUCGUAGAGCAUCCAUCCCGUAAACUGUCCACUAGCAAGUCGAUACAGCCUUCUCGUAGCAACAGCAGUCUGCAUAGUAAAGAUCGAAGCGCUUCUCCUCGGGGGCAAGGGCGUGCGAGCAUGCUUUCUCCCCAGAUUUCCAGAGAAUGGAUCUCAUCUUCGCGCCCUAAGAAACUAUCGUCUGAAGUUGGCACGCCUUCAGGGCGGGGCAGAGAAAACAAAGAGGGCACGCUGGCCGCAGGGGGGAACAAGGACUUAAAAUCGAUUGGAUCACGAUCCGCAGGGGGGAGCAAGGACUUAAAGUCGUUUGGAUCGCGGUCCGCAGGGGGGAGCAAGGACUUAAAGUCGUUUGGAUCGCGAUCCGCAGGGGGGAGCAAGGACUUAAAGUCGUUUGGAUCGCGAUCCGCAGGGGGGAGCAAGGACUUAAAGUCGUUUGGAUCGCGAUCCGCAGGGACUGCUGGGGGAAAAGCUUCGCCCCGCCCGACGUCACCAGGGCCAUCACUAGCAGAGCAGAAGACUCCGGCAGGAGGGAAGGACGGCAAACGGCGGCCCGCCAGAACCAAGAGCGCUUUGAAUUCGAAGGCCGGUCCGCAGAAGAAACACGACCAAAUGCAGUUGACUACGUUUCGGGGGUUAUACGGCUCCAAGUUGUCGAUCUCUUCGGCAGCAAGCGAUCCCGAAAGCGUCCUGUCUCCGCGUAACGGGGGCUCUGUCCACGCCCGUUCUGACGACGAAGGCUCGCCUACAGCGGAAGAUGCCUCCCCGCUGGCUAACUCUGUCCAGUUCCGGUCCUUCUCGGCGUCACAGACGGCCCAGGAGACCUACGACCAAGCUUGGUGGCUCGCGCAGAAUGAGCAGGAACGCGAACUCGAGGGGCGGGUUCUACCUGUUCUGUCCAUUCCUACUCCGAAGGUUCCUGCGCCCAAGAAACGGCGCGAGAGCAAGUCGCUGCGGACCAGCGGCCUCAAACAAUCCGACGCAGAUACCCCAGAUGCGAAAUCCGGAGCUCUGCUGCCUUGGGAGCGGUCCCAGGCCAUAGCAGCACGAGAUACACUCGCACAUCUGGAAAAACGUUCUCGCUCCGAGGUCCCCUUGGUCUGUGACGUUUUCACACCUGCAGACGAGGGCAUGUACCUUGGCAUGUGGGACGCAUACAGUCACCCCGAGUGUCCGGAGACUGUUCAGCCUCGGCAAGCUCCUGCAGACCUCUUUCUCCCUCCUCUCCACGAAGAUCUCGAGUGCGGCGAAUUUCGUCCGGCGCGAGACCUCCGCGCAGAAGUCGAUCCUACACGAUGCCGCGUCUUUGGACCGGGCGUCGAGCAAGCAGAGGCUGGCCGUAUGGCGACGUUCACAAUUCAAGCGGUCGCGAGCGACGGGACGUUCAUUAGAUGCGGUACAGCCGUUUUCACGGUGUACGUGGAGCAGAUAAAGCCCCCUGCAGCUGACCGCGCGCGGGAAAGGGUGAAACGGCUAGGUGACGAUGACGGCCCGGAGGAGGACUACGACUCUGAUGCGGAGCGGAGAAACCAAUAUCUUCCGCCAGCCCAGAGAUCUGUGCACCGCCGAAAAAAAGACACGCAAGACGGCCACGUAUUUGAUAGUGGAGAUGGAACCUACACGGUAGACUACUGCCUCACCGUGGCGACGCCGCACGCCAUUUACAUUUACCUAAAUGACCGGAUUCCUGUUGCAGGCUCGCCAUACCAAGUAAAUGUCGCACCGGGAACCACAACAGCGGACAGCUGCGAGGCAUACGGCGACGGAACGCAAGUUUUCGCUCUGGGAGGCGGGAUCAACGAGAUUAUGAUUCAGGCGAAAGAUGCUCACGGCAACGACGUGACAACAGGAGGUGAGAAGUUCACCGUGGUGGGCCUGGGGGCGGCGAAGAUCGUCGAAACAACGGACAUGCAUGACGGAAAGUAUUGGGUCAAGUACUUCGUGUCUCAGGGGGCCGAGCGGAACUUCGUUGAAAUCAGCAUCUCUUAUCACGGCCGCCCGAUCAAAGGCUCGCCCUUCCGUCCUCGCCCGGCGGGGCCUGUUGAAGACGAGACGCCUCCUGAGCGGCUGUUUGAGUUGGUCAACGUCGUGAACCCAACCGACAGUUUGAUACGCCUCGCCGCGACGUUCGAGCGCAGGUGGAGCAAGGCCGCGAAUCCGCCUCCGAUCUGUCCCUACCCGCGUUUCCCCUCCGUCGAGGAGGCGGAGGAGAUCCUGGAGAGGGCGAAGCUGGACUACGACGCAGACAUUGUUGACACGUCUGGCGAGCAUCUCAGAGAGACGACGGAAAUGCUCCUGCGGUACUCCAAGACCCUGCUGGGUCGCGACAACACCAUGCAAGCGGUCCUCAAGAACUUGAAAGUUCACGGCGACGUCGGCAGUCUGCACAACCUCGUCGAGAAGGCGAAUCGCGAACAACUCAACCAAUACAUUGACUCGGUCGCCAAACUCCAAGCAGAUAUGGAUGUGACUUACAAGUCGAUUCAGCACGGCGUCGCGGACUACCUGCCCGUCGCGUUUGAACUUGACGAUCCUGAAGAAAUUCGCGCACUCCACAAGGAACGACGUCAACACCUUGUGGAAAUCCACAAAGCGCUGGAGAAGAAAGAGCAAGAACUGCGAGCCCGAGAGUCGCGCUUCAAGACGGAGAGGCUCAAAUACGUCUCUGCCAUUGCCACCGAGAUCGAACAGCGCAGAGAGGCCGCCAGAAUGGAGAAGGCAGCGCUCAAGGAAAACACUGAAUACAUCCUGCGUCUAACGCAACUUAGCCUCAAGAAACACCUUCGUCGCGAAAUGCUCUCCGCUUGCGAGCGGGAGCCUGUGGAAGCGUUCAAGUCGAGAUUUUGGCAACGAGAUUUCAGCCGCAUGCUGAUCGAAACGCCCGCACUGUCGAAAAAGAAACCCGACGUGGCAAAAAUGCAGACUGAGAAGGAGCUUGAGCCGGUGUACGAGACGGAGCAGCUUCCCGCUGUCAAGCCUGACGAUCCCACGCGGCCUGCAACUUGGUUCCACAACGGUGAAUUUCUCUCCUUCACACCUACGGAGUUCGGCGUACCGAAAAUCGUCGAAAGCGCACGAGCCAGAGGCAUUCGCGCGAGCCGAAUACUCGCAGGAGGGAACGCGACGUACGUCUCUUCGACUUCGACUUGCCUGAUGCCGCCUUCCUCGCCUCCCGAGCCCGCCACGCCUAAAGCGAGGCCUGCAAAGCCUUCGCCGCAACGCGCACCAUACGCGCGGACCAAAGAGCAGGCCGAAAAGAAAGCAGGCAGGGAGCUGCAAGUGCGCUUUGACGACCCGAGACUCCCAGGGUUCUUUCCUGGCGAUAUCCCACGAGAAGUUUUCAUACCCGGACCGGGAGCGCCCCUCCCUCCGCCGCCCGCGAGAUACCUGUGA